AUGUCCAACUCCCGCGGCCUGCCCGAUGUCUUGAUGACAAAGGUCGACGAGUACGUCGACUCACUCGCCCCUCAGAUCCAGCCACGUAUCGCCGCUGAGAUCGACACCUUCCAGACGAGGACCAUCGACAGCCUCGAGGACCAGGUCAUCGACGCCUUCCGCUCUCUCUUUAACAAGGACAAGCCCUCGGGCGAUGGCUCGCGAGGCCUGAACGACGCGCCUCCGGACUCGUACGGAGUCCAGUCUCUGCCCUUCGCCGACGAGAUCGGCAAGCUCACGCGCAGCUUCAGCGUCAUCACAGACGAGGCCGGAGACGACCUGCGGGACAUCUUCAACCUCACUGAAGGCCGCGGUGACGGUCCCGACACCCAGUCGCGCGGCGUCAGUCACACCGACUCCUUCUCCGGUGCCAAGGGCUUCCUCUCGUCUGCCAUCAACGUCGUUCAGGACCACCUUGACAAGAACAAGGGCUCCGGCGGACAGGGCUUCGAGCUUGACGGUCUCCUCGGCGUGCUCAGCAACACCGUCAAGGACGCCGCCCGAAACCCGGAGGAGAAGGCCCGUGUCAUCAGCCCAGAGAUCAAAGAGAAGGUCGGCCUCAAGCUGCGGGAGCAGCACGCGCCCAUCGCCGAGCAGUUCACUCGCAUCGCGCUGGACCACAUCAAGCGCUGGCUGCGUGGCAACACCAGCACGCGCGACCUCGGCGACGGCGUCAAGGGCGAGAUCGAGGACCAGGUCAAGGACUUGGUCAAGGGCCUCGGCGGCCUCUUCGGCAACAAGAAGAGCUCCCAGGAGGGCACCCGCGGAAUCGGCGACCGCGACGGCGGCGACGGGGACGGCAGCAGCGGCGGCUUCUCCAAGGUCAUCAGCAACAAGCUCAGCACCGGCCUCGCCAAGGUGCACAGGGAAGUGCGUCUCGAGUUCCGCAAGAUCCUCGGCGGCAUCGAGAAACAGCUCUUCGAGCUCCUGCCGGACGCCUUCCAGCGGCCGCUCGAGAAGAUCCUCGGCGGAAACCCCUUCGACUCGCAGCUCGACCGCGACGCUGGCGGCAACGCGGACCGCGGCUUCGGAGACGACAUCAAGGUCAAGCUGGUCAACAAGAUCCGCGGCCUCGUCCGCAAGGUGCAGGAGACGCUGCGCGAGAGCAUCCUCGGCGUCGUCAACGGCGGCCACCGCAAGUUUGAGCGCGAGAGCUGGGUCUUCGUGCAGAACAUUGUCGAGCAGAAGGUGCAGAAGUACCUCCCCAAGGUCAAGAUCGACGUGCCGGACGACAUCGGCAACGAGAACGUCAGCGUCGGUGCGCCGACGGCCGGCUCGCAACUCGACGGUUCGGGUGGUGGUCACCAGUCUGGGCCUCCCCAGGGCGGGAACUACGCUCCUCCUCCGCCGCACGAGCAGUAUGGCGGGCACGGGUCGCACCAGCAGUCGUACAAUCCUCCGCCUCACCAGGAGUACCGACCCGACCAGCACCAGCAGUACCAGUCUCACCAGGAAUACCGGCCCAACGAGAACCAGCCGCCUCAGUCGUACCAGCAAUACCACUCCGAGCAGUACCAGAGCCAAGGGCACAACCAAAGCUACGGCCAAGGGGGCCAGAACUAUGGAGGAAACCAAAGUUACGGGGGAGGUCAGGGCUACGGUGGCAACCCGGACCACGGCCAAUACGGCGACAACCCGCGGUACUAA